AGCCUUUGGGACUUCACCCCGCAGAGUGCAGAGAGGCAAGUCAACUCCUUCAAAAAUGGUCGUCCGGCUUCCGGAGAUAAUCCAGCAUGUGCUGGUAUGCAAGAGAAGUUUUGAGGCACACUAAAACGUGGGUAGUUUGUCAUGCUGAUGCAAAAUUUUGUGUUUACUUUUCACCAUUUUUCAUUUCCACUUAUUCCGAGACAAAGCGAGAGUCGUGUGUAAUGCCGGUAACGCAACUCCCGACGUGACGAGAAACACGACUACGCAUGAGAAAAUUAAUCUAGAACGGGAUGAAUUUCAAAACUUUCCUUGCAUACUGUGCAAAUCCCACCGCGUAUCCCGGUCCAUUCCAGCAGUCACAAGUAUGGAAGAGGAAGAUAUUUUUUUUCAAGAGAUUUUUGCAUGAAUAAUUUCUUCCGUAAGAACGUUGCAUGGCAAGGGUCGACAUCUUGCUUUUGGAAAGAGAAAAUCUUCCUUAUCCAUACCCGCCAAGAACAAGUCAAGCCUUCCAUAUCAAACAGAAAAAUGCUAGCACAACUACACAGUUGUGAUGUACUUUUUUAGAAACAGAAAUGAAAAAAAAACUACAAUCUCGUAUUGCGUGGCUGCAAAACGUACCAUGCCAUGCCCUAAUGGAUCUAUCCAUCUUGCAGGCAAGUGCGCUUUCAUGAUGCAUCUGUACUCGCAUGACAGAGCUGUUGCGCUACCAAAUUUCUGCACGAUAUUCCAGAGCUUAGACCCGCAGAGACAGUAUGGAACAGAAAAAGGAGGGAAUCGGGAGUAGGCGAUCCUGUGAUGCAGAUACAACUUCUGUAAAGCCACUACGGGGUGCUUUUGUUCCAACCAAUUUGUCCUGAGAGGAAAAGCAUGCUGAAAAUUCUUCAUUGAGUGCCGUUCUGCAUCACAAAUCCACACUUUUCCCUUUCCCCUCCUCCUCCCCUGCAUAGAUCAAUGAGGCUAAUCGUCGACGCGCUCGUACUGCGACUAAAGGAGCUCCUGUCAGAAGGGUAUAGUUUUUUUUUUAUUAUGCUGUUGCCAGCAUGAGAAACGUAGUUUUUCUUACCCCCUACGCAUGACAAAUCUACGAUCAACAUCGAUCCACAACAGGCAAUCCGUCUCAAUCGAUAACCUCGGCGCAUUUAGUUACGAUAGUGUGUAAAUAUUUUCUGAAUCACGACCUGAUUUGUGUUGCGUGUUUUGCAGGGGAGGUCGGGUUUGUCAUGUAAAGCGUCGAUGCCAUAGCCAUUCCCAGAAGACCAUUGAGACACCUCCAUCUCAUCUGUAUUGGUCCACGCAACACAAAUCACUUUCGGAUUCUGACAUGAAUUUUUUCUUCGAUAAGCCCUUUGCCAGCUCAUGGCACCUGUCAAGAUACGGGCCGGAUUUCGUCUCGAAAACACCAUGCUUCGUACCACACAAAAAACUCCAGGCGGCGUGCACAAAGUACUUUUUGUUCUGUUUGACAACCUGCAUGAGAGAUGUGAUUUGUGUUGCUUGACACCGCAUGACAAAAGGGUUUUUUGAGGAACUGGAAUUUGUGAUGCAUACAACUCAUGAUGAGCAAUGCAAAAAAUUCACAACAGUUACAAGCCAAACUCACAACGACUGGACACAGACCCACAUGCGCUUUUACGACGGAAAAAGUAAUUGACUGAGAUUGUGCUGUAGUUUUUCGGUCUGGGGAGCAUUUGUCAUGACCAGGAUUUGCAUGAAAGCAUAUCAUUGUUUUUGCACCGUGGCAUGACAAAUCAUAACCGAAAAAAAGCAGCACAUUGCAGCUUUCGACCUCCAUAACCCACAACCGCACAGUCCGUCCCAGCAAAAAUCAAGUUUUUGAAUGAGGUAAGUUUUUUGUAUGGGCAACUUGUCAUGCGGGAAGUGCCAUACUUGGUUUCCUACGAUGAUGCCAGUGCAUGAGAAAAAAUUGUCACAUGCGAAAAGCGCAUAACAACUUCAUCAGGUGCCACUCGCCUCGGGCUGCUACUACAAGACGGACGUGGUGAAGUCAGCGGAUAUGAGACUCAAGAGAAAGAUGCUUUGUCAUGCUGUCGCGUGCAGCAAGAGAGGGCGAAUUUGUCAUGCAGUGAGAGCAGUACCACCAUCGAUAGAAAAUACAAAUUUACUGUGUCAUGCUGUUUUGUCCAAGAGAGACUCAAUUUCUCAUGCACAGGCAGCAUAGAAGACAAAGUUGAUUUUCCUUUUCCAUAAAAGUAAAGCAGUUCUUCACUGCGGUAGUGGAUCUAGCGGACCGUGGUUAUGGUGGAAAAAUUGACGGAUUUCAGGAAUGUGGGUUCUUUGUGAUGCUGGAUUUUGCAUGGCAGAGUCUAGCAGGACAGAUACGGCGAAUCGUGUAGUAGGUUCAGCAUUACAAAAGUAUGCGGCCUCCUCUACCCGUCAAAAUUUUCCCACUCAUACCCCAUACGAUAUCGACCUGGAUAUGGACGUCGUUUGCGUAUAGUUUUUUCAUGAGGAACUUUGACUUUCUAAUGCGAAAGCUUGCAUGAGAAAGAGGCUCUGUCGUGCUGAAUUCCCAUCUACAAAAACAUCUCAGAUAAAAGUGGUGAACAAGAACGUGAAGGCGACCUUUUCAAGCGGUUUGACUAUGAAAGUGAAAAGUUAAAGUACUAGCUUCGCACUAGCGAUGAUUUGAAUCUGUGAUGCUCCGGUCUGCAUGACAAGACGUAACGUUUUCCUAUUCUUGCAUGACAGAGUGAGAUAUUGCGAAGUAGUCCUUUCAACUUCUCCUGCAUACCGUCCGGACCGUGCAGUGAACCUAAGCGACCCUCCACCAUGGCACACUCCACCAAGGGGAUGAAGUAUUCACUUUUUGUCAUGCUGAAUAUGCUUGGAGAAGGCAUUUUGUGAUGCUUUCGUUCGCAUGAACGUGACGUGAUACAUUGCGUCUAAAGCCAUACAGUACUGUCUCAACCGCAUGACAAAAAUGUUCCCCCAGGUUGUCCGAGUCCUGGGCGAAGCCGGACUAUUCCGCAGCCAUGACCAGCUAUUUGGACCGACCGAAAUUUAUGAAAUGGCAAGUAAGAAAGUCAUCUGUAUUGCGGACUGUACGCAUCGGAAACCCUGAUUCGCUUGCAUGCUACGCAUGAGAACUCGCUACGAAGCCACUUUUGUUUGCAACGUGUGAAGGUGCAAUACAGGACACUUUCGCUUGUCCUUCCUCUGCCAUAACGUCCCGGGAAGUGCAGAACCUCCGGGUUGGCACUGCGAAUCUGGGCAUCAUGGGUCGCGACCUAACGUCUUGUGCGUGA